ACGGUAUCGAUCGUAAAAAGUUAAUUGUUAUUUGAAAGUGUCUAUGUGUCUGUAUGUGUGUGUAGGGGAAGUAAAACGGAAGUAAAUGCAAAAAAAGUAUUUGGAAACGCAAGAAGAGCAGUAUAAGUUACAGACAUUGUGUGAUUGUGUUGGUGUAUUAAACUUAAAAAUAACAACUUGAAGCAUUUAAAAGCUGGAUAAAACAUUAAAAAAAUAUUAAGUGUGGCAUUAACGGCCCAUAAAAGUAAAGAACGUGAUAUUUGACAAAUAUUUUUUUUUGAAAUAAUAAAAAAAAAAUUUUUAUUAAAUUUAAAAUAAAAAGCAAAUAUUCUGCGAUUUAAAAAAAAGAAUUAAUAAAAUAAUAAAAAAACUGCAAAAAUUUAUAAAAAGUUUUUAAAUUAAAAAAAAUCCAAAAAAUAUGAAUUAAAAUCGAAAAAAAAACGUGGAAUAUUUAAAAAGAAAUUUAAAUGAGGUCUACAACGCUCUUCCGAUAAUUGAGCUUUUUUUUUCCAAUAUUGAGCUUAAUAAUUCCCAGCUAAACUCAAUAUUUUUCUAGUUAUAGCGUAACGCUUAACUACAUUUGGUAGCGGCCGUUUAGAAAAAAAUAUAUAAAAAAAAACUGACUGCUGUUCCAGCAAAACUAAUUAUGAAAACAAUGCACAUACAGUUUUCUACAUAAAUAAUCGAUUGAGCAGCUAACAAGCCAACUGAAAAUUGAAUUUUAAACAAAAAUCCACCAACAAAUCUAAUAGAGAAGCUUCAGCACAACCAUUUGUGUAUGAAAAAUGUCGUCAUUUUAACCAUGAAUUAAAAACAACUUUAACUCUUGUUGUUGCUGUUAAGAAAAACCAAAGAGAAUUAAUUGAAAAAACUCAAAAAUUUUCUAUUUAAUUUGAAAAGCAAAGAUAGAGAGAGAAAGAAAGCUAGGAAACCUUUACAUAAAAUCUAAGAACCCAAAGCUAAAGCCAAUAUGACUAUAAAAAGGACUAGACGAAAAUUGAUUUUGUUGCCAAUUCUUUUCCUACUUCCUUUAUUGCAAAAUGUUCACAGCAAAAGUGUAAGCUUAAUAGAGGAACAAACCAAGCAGAUUGUCUUAAAGGUAGACUCAUUACAAACCCAACAAGUCAGAGAGGGUCAAUAUGUGGAUAUAGUAUGUCCCUUUAACCAGCCCAUUUGGUAUCAUAAUGAACAAUAUCUCAAUACCAAUCGUACGUUUAAAAUCUCGACAAUUUCCCUCGAUAAAGCAGGAAUUUAUAGUUGUCUCUCCCAGCUACCCAGCAAACAACAAACUGAUUAUCUUAAAUGGGCCAAUGUCAGCCUACAAGUAUGCAGUAAAGAUUCUCAAUGCCAAAUAACAGAAAUUAAAACUCUUAAACUUAAAGAUUCAACAGAUUUGAAUAAAAAACCUUACACUCUUCCGGGGAAAAAAGAAGCUGAAAUAGUUUACUCCAGUGGUGAGAUAGAUAAUAUAGAAGAGUCUUUAAACCUUCCGCCAAAAUUUAAAAGUAAUCAACUCUAUAAUACCACACAAAAAUAUUCGGGCGGCACAGCCAUGUUUAAUUGUAAUGCUUAUUCCCAUAUAGCCGCUAAUAUUUCCUGGACCUUUAAUAAUCGUUCUUUGGAUUUGGCCUCAACAAAAUAUAAAAUCAAAAAAUGGUCUAUAUCAGUACAAGAUUUACAAAGUCAAGAUUCUGGAGAAUAUGCCUGUACUAUAUGCAAUAUAUAUGGAUGUAUUUAUCGUUCUUCAAUACUAAAUGUCUUAGAGCGUGAAAGUUCUCCACCCAUUAUACGUGAAGGUUCAGUUGUUAAUCAAACUGUUAUGGCUGAUGAUAAUGUUAAGUUUGAGUGUGAUGUUAUAUCGGCAUUAGAACCUCACAUUGUUUGGUAUUAUCAUACGGAUUUGUUAAAUUUUACCGAGGAUCAUGCUUUUGAUCUAAGACACAAUCCCAAUGCUCUUAAGCUGCUAACAAGUGCAGAUGAACCUUAUAUUUUAAGGCUGGGUAGUGUACAGGAAGAAGAUCAAGGUUGGUAUUCCUGUAUAGCAGCCAAUAGUUUAGGCGAAGCAGUGGCCAGUUAUUACCUCAGUCUCAUGAGUCCCGAUACCUAUGUUAAUGAUACUCUAGAACCAGAAGAUGAUUUGCGCAAUCAAGCUGUUACAGUUACGACGUUGGAUUUUAAUACCUUUAAUAUGGAACAAAACGACAACGAUGAAUCCUCCGAUCAUGAUUCGGAUAAUAAAAGUAGUGAUAACGAAGAGGAUAAACCGCCUCAAUUUAAGAAUCUUAAUAAAUUAAUGCAACAUUGGCAUAAACCUUCGGGUAGCUCCAUACAAUUACUAUGUCCUGCCACAGGACAUCCGCAACCCAAUAUCACCUGGACUCGCAACAACACCGAAAUAGAACGUCAUAUAGGCAAGGUUACCUAUAAGAAAUGGUCAAUACAAAUGGAUGAUGCCAUAACUAAAGAUUCGGGUGUUUAUAAAUGCACCGUUUGCAAUUACCUAGGUUGCAUAGAACAUUCUACCAAAGUCACCGUUUCCGAUCGUUUACGUUCACGCCCCAUUAUCAGUGAUAAAUUUCCACAAAAUCAAACGGUAUUAACCAAUAGUUCUACCUAUUUGGAAUGUAGGGUGGUGUCGGAUUUAGAACCCUAUAUAGUUUGGCUUAAAUACACCAAAAGGAAUGAAUCUAUAGAGAAACUGGAAAAAGUAGUGCCUAACUUUUCCAAUGAUCAAAGUAUGCUGUCCAAAGAUGUGGUUAUAAUGGAACGUGAUCCUGAUCAUCCAAAUUUAUUGAAUUUUACCAAAGUCUCUCACGAAGAUGAGGGUUGGUAUACUUGUGUGGCGGCCAGUUCUUUGGGACAAACGGUGGCUAGUGCUUAUCUUAAGGUGGUGGAUAAGUUGCCUCAUCGUGAUGGUUUGCAAAGAGGUCAUCCGGUAACUAUUACCGCAGUAGCCAUAGUAGUGGUGUUACUCUUUCUAUUGGGCACCAUAUUUGUCAUUUAUGUUAUGCGCAAUUUGAAACAUGAAAAGCUGCUAAAGCAGCGUAUUGAGACGGUGCAUCAGUGGACAAAAAAAGUUAUUAUUUACAAACCUCCUCCCUCGGAGGGUAGUUCUUGUGAUCUACAAAUGCCGGUUAUUAAAAUUGAAAAACAACGCACCACCUUCACCACCAAUUCCAGUUCGGAUCCUAAUCAAGGUUUUAAUGAAUACGAAUUUCCCUUGGAUUCUAAUUGGGAAAUACCGCGCAGUCAACUUUCUUUGGGUUCCACUUUGGGCGAAGGAGCCUUUGGUCGUGUGGUCAUGGCUCAGGGCACUAAUUUACCUCGUGUUUCGGCUAAUAAUUCCGCUGGUGGCACCAUAGUGGCUGUGAAAAUGGUUAAAGAAGAACAUACCGAUGCCGAUAUGGCCAGUUUGGUGCGUGAAAUGGAAGUUAUGAAAAUGAUUGGCAAACAUAUUAAUAUUAUUAAUCUACUGGGUUGCUGCAGUCAAAAUGGUCCCUUAUGGGUUAUAGUGGAAUUUGCUCCGCAUGGUAAUUUAAAAGAUUUCCUGAAAAAGAAUCGUCCUCUGUCAAAUUGGGGCAGCUGUAGUCUAAAGCGUAAUAGUGAAUAUUUGGAUGAUAAAACUCAUUUGACAGAGAAACAUUUAAUAUCGUUUGCUUUUCAAAUCGCUCGCGGUAUGGAGUAUUUGGCCUCAAGACGGUGUAUACAUCGUGAUUUAGCUGCUCGUAAUGUGCUCGUCAGUGAUGACUACGUUAUGAAGAUAGCUGAUUUUGGCCUAGCCCGUGAUAUACAAGAUACCGAUUACUAUCGUAAGAAUACCAACGGUCGUCUACCCAUCAAAUGGAUGGCACCCGAAUCGUUGCAGGAAAAAUUCUACGAUUCCCAAUCAGAUGUUUGGUCUUACGGUGUCUUGUUAUGGGAAAUUAUGACAUAUGGCGAACAACCCUAUCCCAAUAUAAUGUCUGCCGAAGAACUUUAUAGUUAUUUAAUAACGGGACAACGUAUGGAAAAACCACCACGUUGUUCUUUAAAUAUUUAUAUGUUAAUGCGUCAGUGUUGGCAUUUUGAUUCUACAGCACGUCCCACAUUUAAUGAAAUUGUCGAAAAUCUUGAUAAGAUCUUACAAAUGACAAGUAAUACUACAAAUGAAGAAUAUUUAGAUUUAUCUAUGCCCAUGUUAGAGACACCACCUUCGAGUAGUGAUGAAGAAUCAGAUGCGGAAACUUUUCGAGAGAAUUCACUUAGAUAUCAGUAUACAUAUAAAUUUAAUUAGUAUUGAAUGAAAAAAAAUAUUUAAAAAAAAAAACAAGAAAAACAAAAACCAAAACAAUUUAAGAGAUUAAAUUAGUACUUAAUAAUAUUUAAUAAUUAAGUGUUA